AUGCGUGGUUUGGUACUUGGAAUCCUCGUCUUUGUGACCGUUCUCGUUGUCACCCUCCCAUUCUUGGGCCCGCCAACUUCGUACAAGUAUAACUCCGCACAGAUAUCCGGUCUUGCAUCCGUUCGUGGCGGGCUCCGAUCCAGAGAGCAUCUUGCCCAUCUUCCCGCUCUGCUUGUGGCAAAGGAAGCAACAGAAGAGGAGUAUGUAAGGCAGGCUAGUGUGAAGAAACAAGCCCUGAUGGUGUCCCGUUCAAUGCCCAGCAUUGCAACUCAACCACUUCAUGGAUACGCCCUUGGAGGAGACAAGUUUGAAGCCAAACAAGAGAAUGCCAUCAAACAGACAAGCAAGGAACCCGUGUCCACUUUUUCUGUGGAUGUUGACACCUCUUCUUACUCAUAUGCCCGUCGUCAUCUGAAGAAAUGGCGCAUGCCCCCACCUGAAUCCAUCAAGAUUGAAGAAUUCAUCAACUACUUUGACUAUGAUUAUCCCCAGCCAGAGGACAAGAGUGUCCCUUUUGAGACUUCUGUGGCUGUGUCUGACUCCCCUUGGAACAAAGGCAGGAAGCUGCUGCACAUUGGCAUCAAAGGGUAUGAUGUGGACCCUGAGACUCGCCCAUUCAGCAACAUUGUCUUUCUUGUGGAUGUCUCUGGCUCCAUGGAAUUCCCCGACAAACUGCCCUUGGCAAAGGAAGCCAUCGAAAUGCUCUUGAGCAAGUCACUCCUCCCAGAAGACCUUGUUUCCAUUGUCACAUAUGCCAACAAUGUUAAUGUUCCCUUGCAUCCCACUCCAGCAGCCCAGAAGGACAAGAUCUUGAAAGUACUUUCUUCUCUUCAGGCUGGUGGUGGCACCUGGGGUGGGGGUGGUCUUGAAAAGGCCUAUGAGCUAGCAGAGAAGAAUUUUGACAAGGAUGCAGUCAACAGGAUUAUUCUAGUGACUGAUGGAGACUUCAACAUUGGCAAGAUGGACACUGCUUCUCUACAAAAGUAUGUGGAAGGCAAGAGAAAGACUGGAAUCUUCCUCUCUGUGUUAGGCUUUGGAAUGGGCAACUACAAGGAUACAACCAUGAAGGCCUUGGCCAACCAUGGCAAUGGAGUGGCUUCCUACAUUGACUCCUUGGAGGAAGCAGAGAAAGUCAUGGUCACAGAAGCCUCUUCGACUGUGUUUCCCAUUGCAAAGGAUGUCAAGGUGCAAGUUGAAUUCAAUCCUGCCAUGGUUGCAGAGUAUCGCUUGGUAGGCUAUGAAAAGAGACUGUUGAAGAGGGAAGAUUUCAACAAUGACAAGGUGGAUGCUGGUGAUAUUGGCUCUGGACAUACUGUAACAGCCAUCUAUGAGAUUACCCCAGCUGGGUCCAAUGAUGGUCUUGUGUUUGAUGAGUUGAGAUAUGGCAAGAAGGUGCUACUACCAGAGAGUCGAGAAAUGCAAGAAUCUGACAAUGGCAACAACCCGGCCUUUGAUCAGGAGUAUGCCUUUGUCAAGAUGAGGUACAAGCUUCCCGAUGAAUCAGAAUCCAAGCUCAUCAGCAAACCAGUUUCUGUAGAGGAUCCCAUGGACAAGCUCGUGGCCAUGGGAGGGCCCAAGGUGCAAACCGUCAUGCAAGAGUUUCAGUUUGCUACUGCUGUAGCCAGUUUUGCUCAGCUCUUGAAAGGAAGUGAUACCAUGAAUGGCUCAAUGGACUAUGAAAAGGUGAUUGAAAUGGCUGAAGGCAGCAUGGGUGAAGAUCCCCACAAGUAUCGCAAGGAGUUUAUCAACUUGGUCCGCACAGCCAAGAGGAUUAGCCAGGAACCCACCAUUCAGUGA